AUGGAUUUCUUAAGAUGGAAUACAUUAUGGAGUUUUUGUUUUGGGGUGAUGGCUUUCAUUAUCGUCAUUGGAAACGCCAUUUCCACCUCUAUACUUCUCUCAAAACGAUUCCGCAAGCGUCCACAUUACCUCUUAACAAGCCUGGCAAUAGCGGAUCUAGUGGUUGGAUUACUUGCAGUACCGUUGUACAUAAUUAUAGCUGAUCCAGGACAGAAACUUUUGCCUAGAGUGCUAUAUGAUUGCGUGGAUAUGUUCGCUGGCAAGUCCUCAAUGUUUACUCUGGCCGUCAUUUCUCUUGAAAGACUUCACGCUAUUGCUCGGCCGCUUCGACACAGGCAAGUGACCUUGGGUCAUUAUACCAUUGCUAUAGUUACUCCUUGGAUUCUUUCAUUUAUGGUCGCAUCAACUCGGGUGUUGCUACAUUUCUCUGUCUUGACAAAGGAGGAGUUCGUCACCGUUGUUACUAUCAGCUUAUCGGCGCCACUGCUGACAACGUGCUUUGCUUAUUGCCUUAUUUGGAGAAAGCAAUCCUCAAGUAUACAUAAUAAUGAAAUGAGAGCACGAAAUGACGCCAGACUAUUGAGGACAUCACUUAUAAUAACUGUAGCAUUUGUUUUUUCAUGGCUUCCAUUCGAAAUUCUGACAAUAGUGGCCAGCCUCUGCAUUUCAUGUCAAAACCAUUCAUUUUUAGUUAUUUACCCCAUAAAGCUUCUACAAUAUAGUAAUUCCUUCAUUAAUUUUGUCAUUUAUUGCUUGAGAAUGCCAGAAUUCAAAAGGACAUUAUCAAAAAUGCUGCCGAGCUGCAAAUUUAUCCAGGGUCGAUGCCAAGUUCCUUACCCGCUAAUCGAUCAUGGGACAGGUGUCGCGCUUGUUUCAUUUGCAAGCCUGCGCCGGUGA